CAGGAGGUGGGGGGAAGGGAGAGAGAGAGAGAGAGAGGGAGAGAGCGCUGUGCGAUUCCCAACGCUUCGAUACGCAUGAGCUCAAAAUUGAAAAUACUUCAGGCAUAUAUUCCCACAUUUACUGCAGGACACCGCCUCAUUGGCUUCGGUUCACAAACUUCGCUUGUGCUUUUAUUUUUGAAGCCAAAGCGAAACUCCACAUUCAUGUAGUUUUGCUUUCUGCUGGGGUUCGAAGUUCCUUCCCCUGCUUCGGGGGGAUUGGGUUCCGUCGCCGGCCAGAGACCUUUAUCUUCCUCUGCUCGCCUACCGUAAACUUUUUGUUUUUAAUUUUGGGGGGCGGGGUUGAGGCGCCGUUGUUAACAUGCCACAGCCGAAGUCUCGGAAGGUUGCGAUCCUGGGAUACAGAUCCGUGGGGAAGUCCUCAUUGACUAUUCAGUUUGUUGAAGGGCAGUUUGUGGACUCGUAUGACCCCACAAUAGAAAAUACAUUUACCAAACUGAUCACGGUGAAUGGACAAGAUUACCACCUGCAGCUUGUGGACACAGCAGGGCAGGAUGAAUACUCUAUCUUCCCUCAAACGUAUUCCAUAGACAUUAAUGGGUACAUUUUGGUGUACUCAGUUACAUCUAGCAAAAGUUUUGAGGUGAUCAAAGUGAUUCAUGAAAAAUUGUUGGAUAUGGUGGGGAAGGUUCAAGUGCCCAUUAUGUUGGUUGGAAAUAAGAAGGAUCUACACAUGGAAAGGGUGAUCAGUUAUGAAGAAGGGAAGAGUUUAGCAGAUUCCUGGAGUGCUGCCUUCAUGGAGUCCUCUGCUAAAGAGAAUCAGACCACAGUCGAGGUGUUUAAGCGGAUAAUUAUGGAGGCUGAGCGGGCAGAUGGAGGGUGUCAGCAAGCCAAAUCUUCGUGCUCAGUAAUGUGAGCCCCAAUGAUGACGACGACUCUGAAACUGCUUUACUUGAAGAGGCAAACUGCCACUUUUUCUCCGAAUUUAAAAACUCUGCCUUUCUUUUUACCAGUUCUACAGAUGGUCAGAGACUUCCUUUUCUUUCCUCACUUAUGUUGAAUUCUGACCCUAUUGCAAAUGGCUUCACUUCUGCAUUUAAAAAAAAACACUUCAAUUCUUACUUUUCGGAUUGUGUAUUGUAUUUCUUUACAAGCAAUGGAUAGUCAUUUGCCAGCAUUCAUUUUCCAUGCAGUAGGGAUGUCAGUUGGAAGUAGUUGAUUGUAAACCAACAAAAAAUGCAUAUUGUUACACUACUAUUUACACACAGGCUUGGAUAUAUCAGUGUUCUUCAUGUGUUGUAUGUAAACUUGUAAAUAAAAGUUAGCAGCAAACUGAUUUGUUUUUAAUACUUGCUGGUAGAAAUAUACUAGAGUAAAACUUGUGUUUGUACCAGAUUCCAUGUAUUAUACAAAGCUAUUUUAAAACAAUCGAGAUGGGUUUUAUGAGCUUGCAUUUUGUUCUUGCUUUGAAGGCAGCUCAUGGGAUCCUAAAGUUGACUGACAUCUGCUUUUUGUUUUAACUAGUGUAUUUUCUUUGUUUUUAAAUCAUCUAAACCAGUGAAGGCUACCUUUGUUAAUUGAAUAGCUUGCUGUGUGCAGAUUUCUACUGUGUAUUUAAAAGGGUUUUUGAUGGUCUAAAAGUUAAGAUUGGGGAGGUUAAAAUGCAAUGCAACCAAUUGUAUAUAUUUGAGAAAUUACCAUUUACCUGAGUAUUUUGUUCCUUCGAAACAUAACGUGAUUGAUUAAUGUUGUCGACAAUCUGCAGUAGCACAAUUGCCUUAUAAUCUACAUUCUAAGCCCAUCACCCUACAGUCAUUACUUGCAUAGGCACCAAUGCAUAACUCUUCAUAUGGACUAUUUUUGAUUUCUGUUGUGUUGCAUUAGUCAGUGAAAACAAAUUAGUUUCUAUUUUUCCUGCAAACUCUACUGAAGGGUUGGUAAAGUCCUAUUCAAAUCAUUUACUAAUUUCUAAAUACAGGGUAACUUAAAGCGGGGUUUAAUCCAUGGUAGAUGAGAUUUGCUCACUGCAGAAAUGCAAGUAUUUGUGUUAAGUUAAAGUAAGAUGAAAAUUUAGUUUGUCUUUAGUAUAAAUUUGUUGUGAUUCCCAACUGAUCUGUACACUUGGGCAAUGCAGUUUACAGCACAUGAAAAUAUUGCUAUGAUUGGUCAGAAAUGCAAUAAAAAUAUUUUACUUUCA